CCGGCCGCAGCAAAAGAAAGCAGAGUGCAACUGCGAACUCAUUCCUCCUUACUCAAACCCCUAAUUGCUUUAUUGUCUUCCAAUCACAAUGGCCAACGACUCGUCGUUUUUAUUCGCCGGCAUUCGUUUCGAUAGAAAGAAAUUCAGCACCGAUAUUGCCAGGUUCCAGAAAAAAGAUAGCGAUGAUAGCUCGGUGAAUAUUUCGAAUGCGGUUGAAGAUGAAAGCGAGAAAACAAGAGAAGCAGUGGAAGAGAGAGCACCGUCUGCGAAGAAGAGGAAGCGCAAGGGAACGAAAGAAACGAUUGAAGGAUUCAAUGUGUUCAGAAAUUCGACAUCUGAGACACUGUCGAACGAUGAAGUUCGAGAUGAUGAUGAGUCCAUUCAGCUGAAGAAUAAGAAGAAGGAACUAAAUAGGCAACUUGAGCGCGAUGCAAUCUUCAGGAAGAAACACAACAUUCAUGUCUCUGGUUAUAAUGUGCCGUCACCGCUUCAAAACUUUGAUGAGUUGAGAACAAGAUAUAAAUGUCGAUCAUAUUUAUUGCGCAAUCUGGCAGAACUUGGAUUCAGAGAACCAACACCAAUCCAAAGGCAGGCUAUCCCAAUACUUUUACAUGGCCGUGAAUGCUUUGCUUGUGCUCCAACUGGCUCUGGAAAAACCUUUGCAUUUGUGUGUCCCAUACUUAUGAAGCUAAAGGAUCCAGCUAAAGGUGGCAUUCGAGCUGUUAUCCUUUGUCCUACCCGAGAAUUAUCUGCACAAACAUAUCGAGAGUGCAAAAAGCUAGCUAAAGGCAAAAAAUUUCAUAUCAAGUUAAUAACUAAACAGCUUGUAAGAAAUGCUGAUUUUUCGAAAUUUCCAUGUGAUAUACUUAUAUCCACACCACUUCGUUUACGCUUGGCUAUCCGGAGGAAAAAGAUUGAUCUCAGCAGAGUUGAGUAUCUUGUCCUUGAUGAAUCCGAUAAGCUAUUUGAGCCUGUAUUGUUCAAGCAGAUUGAUUCUGUUAUCAAAGCAUGCUCGAACCCCUCCAUAAUACGCUCACUGUUCAGUGCUACUUUACCUGAUUUUGUUGAAGAUCGAGCUCGAGAACUAAUGCAUGAUGCUGUUCGGGUAAUUGUUGGCAGGAAGAAUAUGGCUUCCGAAACAAUAAAGCAAAAAUUGGUUUUUACCGGAAGUGAAGAAGGAAAACUUCUAGCAAUUCGUCAAAGUUUUGCAGAGAGUCUAAAUCCUCCAGUAUUGGUCUUUGUCCAAAGCAAGGAGCGAGCCAAGGAGUUGUACGGUGAACUUGCAUUUGACAACAUUAGAGUUGAUGUCAUCCAUUCUGAUUUGUCUCAAGAAGAGCGAGAAAAUGCUGUUGAUAACUUCAGAGCUGGAAAAACGUGGGUUCUGAUUGCUACUGAUGUAGUGGCUCGGGGCAUGGAUUUCAAAGGUGUGAACUGUGUGAUCAAUUAUGAUUUUCCAGAUUCUGCUGCUGCAUAUGUCCACAGGAUUGGUCGUUCUGGGAGAGCAGGGAGGACUGGAGAAGCAAUUACUUUUUACACAGAAGAAGAUAUUCCGCUUCUGCGGAAUGUAGCUAAUCUUAUGGCAGCAUCUGGCUGUGAGGUUCCAUCCUGGCUCAUGGAGUUGCGCAAAAAGAAAUGGAAGAAACACCGCCCUAAAAGAGAUUCUAUAUCAACCAAACCAGAGCUAUAAGCCUAUGGAAUGGGAAUAUUUUUAACCCUGAAAAUUUGGGUAAUGUUUAUUUCUUAACAGGCCAGGCAGCAUUGUGUUAAGUAAGAUUUUUUGUUCUCUAUCCCAAAAGAAGUAGUUAACGCGAUGAAAAGGGAAGGGGGUUGGGUGGCAAUUGUCGCCGAGAGAGAAUCAUCUUUUAGGUGAAUGCAAUACGGUUGCGGACAUUGUUGCCUACACAAGUCUAAACCAUGGUAAUACGGCUCAUUUUUGUUUUGUAGAAUUGGACCUUCAAUUGCGAAUUGUUGCAAGAUUUUUUUGGGCCCAAAUUCAUUAUUCUGAUUUGCUUCCUUCCUCACUGUAUAAUGAUGAUUGACCCAAUGGCAGGGCAGUCAUUGCUUAGAACAU